AAGUCAUUCUUGCUUAACCUCUUUCUCAUCCUUGACUACUUAUGAUCUGUUCAUAGAAGUCAUCAAGAAUCCUAUACAUCGUCAAGUUUAAAUACACAACGCCUUUCCAACAUCAACUACCCUAUUCGGUCUCAUAUUCGUGAUCGACAUUGCUACUUAAAGCUUCACCAUCAUCCCGCCUUUCACGCUCUUUUGGGCCUUUCAUGUAGUCGACAGUUCCCGGUAGAACUGAAUACAACAAUCAUGAGAAGUAAUAUGUUCCCGAGGGGCACUCGUCCUUCGACGAGUGAUCGAAGUACCCCAGUACCUCCCUUCCCGGCACGACAGAUGCUAGUUCUAGCGAUUUGUCGAAUAUGCGAGCCAAUUGCGUUUAUGGGCAUAUUCCCAUAUAUCUACUUCAUGAUUGAGGACUUCCACAUCACGGAGGAUAAGAGCAAAAUAUCAUUUUAUGCCGGUAUGGUGACAUCAGCCUUCACCUUCGCCGAAUUUUCGACGGGUCUCAUGUGGGGACGAUUAAGUGACCGGAUCGGAAGGAAGCCGGUAUUACUUACAGGACUUAUCGGCACCGCUAUCAGUGUAUUGAUAUUCGGCUUUGCUCCUAAUUUGACAGUUGCACUCAUCGCUCGAGCUGUGGGAGGACUUCUGAAUGGGAAUAUGGGAGUUCUUCAAACGACGGUAGCCGAAUUAGUGACUGCCAAAGAACAUCAACCCCGAGCUUAUACCAUAAUGCCCGUCGUAUGGUGUUUAGGAUCGAUCAUUGGGCCAAUGAUUGGUGGUGCGCUUGCUCGACCAUGUAUCAGCUACCCAAGCCUAUUCCCAGCUGGCACCAUUUGGGAUAAAUAUCCGUAUCUACUACCUAAUCUUUUCAGUGCAUUUAUUGUAUUCAUCGGAGUUGUCAACGGAAUCUUGUUCCUCGAGGAGACCCACGCCGAAAAGAGAAUGAAGACGGAUCGAGGACUAGAGCUUGGAAAUUGGAUUCUUUCAAAGUUACCGAUCGUUGGAAAAUGCACCGAGCCACGAGAUGAGAAGUCGAAAAUGGCGGAGAUGGAAAGUCAACCACUUAUUGAUCACGGCGAGCAAUUGCCUGGAUAUCAGACGAACGAGAACACUCCCGAGAACUCACCCCGCCUUAGAACCGCUUCGGUUGCUUCGAUUCCAUGGGAUUCACUCGACCUCGAAGGAAAUCGUGAAGACUUGAACCUUGGGAUUUCUAGGAUUUUCACCAGACCUGUAAUACUAAACAUCAUUUCGUUCGGCAUCUUGGCCUUCCACACGAUGACUUUCGAUCAGCUAUUUCCUGUUUUCUUGAGCACAGCCCCGCCAGAGCAUCCAGCGCCGAUUUCGCUACCUUUCAAAUUUGUCGACGGCUUUGGACUUGACAGCAAAACAGUUGGUAUCGUCUUGAGCGCCCAGGGCGCCUACCAGCUACUUAUCAACAUGUUCCUAAUCCCGCCAGUUUUGAGGUAUUUCGGACCACGCCGCCUAUUCCGUUUCUUGGUUAUCGCCUACUUCUCGCUCUACCUCGUUACGCCUUACCUAGUGUUAUUACCCGAGAAAUAUCGCAUGGUCGGGGUUGGAAUGGUAUUGGUUUGGAAGUGUACGUUCGCGAGCAUGGCAUAUCCGAGCAACGCUAUCUUGACUGCGGAUUCUGCGCCAAGUCACUUAGCUCUUGGCACGAUCAACGGCGUGGCAGCUUCGACAGCAAGUUUAUGCCGUGCUUUCGGCCCAACCAUAUCUGGUAUUCUCUACGCUGUUGGCCUGCAGACUGGUUACUCGGGUUUAGCGUGGUGGUGCAGUGCUGUGGUUGCCAUUGGCGGCGCGAUCGUUGGGCUUCAGAUUCAAGAACCACAGAGCCGUACUGAGGGCAAGGUCACCCCUACUAACGAUGCGGAAACUAAUCAACCUGAUACGACUCAGGACGCCGAUCGAGCGACGUCAUCUGGUUCGGGAUUGUAGAUUGGACUGGAGUUUAUUCCUGGCUAAUUUCAAGGCCAUGCUUUCAUUCUCGGCGGGAUUCCAGGUGCGAAACACGGGGGGCUUGGAACAUUUGGGUUACGACGUUUAAUGACUUGUUCCUUUCUUCGGCGCCGGAUCUUUUUUCGCCUCUAUCGAAUCGUCUUAACCUUUGUCACUUACAUCUGGUUGGGAAAAAAAAAGUUAUUCUACUACUUUACUACAUAGACUGGGUUGGGCAACUAGAAUAUCUGUUCCUAGGAAAGGGAAAUUACUACGAUACCUCUGUACAACGACCGAAAAAAAAAUUCACCUGGUUUUGGGGAAUUACACUGGGCAAAAAGGGAGUCACCAUCUGCAAAACGAAGCAAAAUUGUG